AGCAAAUCAACAUGGCCGACGUUGAAACAAGCUCCGGCGCGGGAAAAGCCCUCGUGGCACCCGCAGCUGCGGUGCUGGCUCCUGUUUUCGAGGACGACCCGGCAAUCACCUAUGUGCUCAAUUCACUCCCUCGCCAAGAGCGCAUCGCAUACCUCCCAGCAUACUUCACCGCGCUCCUCACAGCCGCCGCGCUGAAUCGCGCCGUGUUUUACGAGGCAGCAUCGUGGCAAUGCACCUCGGUGGUCAUGCCUCCCGGGGAGGAUGUAGGCAACCCCUGGACGUUGAUCCCGGCGGGUCUGGUCGACAUGCUCAGAAGAAUAGGCUUUGGAGGAUGUAAGAAGAUGAUUUGGGAGUUCACCAACCUUACUGGCAACGCCAAGAAGCGGGAGCUGGGCAAGGAGAAGUAUUACUACAUCUUCUUCAUCGGCACGGCGGUAGAAGGCAGAGGCCGUGGCUUGGCCAGCAGGCUGAUUGAGGAGGCGAAGAAACUCGCCGCCAAGGAAAGACUACCGGUCUGGCUCGAAGCCACCACAGAGAGGAACAGGCGGCUGUACAGCAAGUUGGGCUUCAAGGACCUGGGAGGGAUCGUCCUAGGCAAGGGAAAAGUCGGCGCCGAUGGAGAGCGCAAGAAUGGCGGCGAAGGCGUGACAAUUUGGCCGAUGAUCUGGAGGCCUAAGAGCAAGACGUAA